GUCUUCUUCGCUUCUUCCUCCGACCGACCACCUCUCGCCUCUCUUCCUUCCCCCAAGAAACGCGUCUCCCUAUUGGAAAACUUGCCCCUUUCCGCCGUUUGCUUCUUGGGGUUGGAGGCCAGCCGAGGGAAUGGACGGCGCGUCGGUUCCCGUGCCGGUGCCUGUGCCGGUGCCGGCGGCGCCCGUCGUGCCGGUGGAUUACACAGUCCUCAAGAGGCGGCUCGGUGGCGGCGGCGGCGGCAUGGAGGUGCGCGACGCGUCCGGCGUCCUCGCGUUCCGGUUUGCGGCAGCGGCGGCGGGCGGGGGCAGGGCGCUUCUCGACGCCGCCGGGGUGGUUCUCGUCACCGUGAGGAGCGGCGAGGUGAUGGGAGAGUGGCAAGCAUUUAGUGGAAAUAGUUUGGAUUGCAGAGACAUCAUUUACAUGGCAAAAUUAGUAUCAGUUUGUUCAAACCGAAGGGAAGUACAUGUAUUCAUGCCACCAACAAGUAACUUUCAAGAUACGAAACCAAGCUACAGGCUCAUAGGAAGUACAUCUCGGAGAGCAUGCACAAUAAUAAGUGGGGACUCCAUUGUUUCUCAGACAAAUCUCUUAUAUAAACUCAAGAAGGUUGUCUAUUCAACUCGCAAGUUUAGAGUGACCAUUUACCCAGGAAAUGAUACAGUUCUUGUGAUGGCAAUGGUUAUGAACUUCUUUCUAGAAAAAUAACAGACAGGGCGAAUGUUUUUUAUUGUGCAAAUGAUGACAGACUGCCCGCCUAAACCUUGUACAGUUUUUUUUUUUCUUCUUUUCUUUAAAAAAAAGGGCUAGAUUGCAUUUGUCCUUAAUACAAUGCUUCGAUCUCCUGCCAUUAAACAAAUUCUCUUAAACUACUGAUGUGAAUAUCAAAGCUCUUGUGGCUUUGGUGUUUGUUUGACUAGGCAACUGUGGAAUGAGAACAUCUGCAGUAAGAGUUAUUAUGGUCAUGUAUGGCCCAUAUGUUAGCAAGCCGAGCUGCAGAGGAGCCUUGUACCCAUGGUAUAAGGUUGCUGGAACUUAUAUACAUUUUCACAUUUUUUAUCAGCAUCAAAACAAGGAUAUACUAAAGUGACACCUCAGCUCUGUGUUAUGACUGCAAUAGCAGUCU